UUGUCCCCUGGCCGAGACGGCUCAGACACGGAUAUGGAGCCCACGGCCAGUCAAUCGCAGGACUGCGAGCCCACGCCUCCUCUACAGCGGCACGGCAGCAAGACCAACUUCUACUUACCGCCGGUAGAGAGGCAGUGUGUUCGGAAAGGGACUGGAGGUGUCACGCAGUCACACACGCCCGACAUGGAGCGAGCGUCAGGCCCUUCUCCCACAAUGCAGCAGAGGAUCAAGGCCAUCGGAGUGCCCACUCCUCUCGCUAUGUCUAGUCCACUGCGGAGAUCGAAUCCUGGCACACCGACACAGCCGAGGCGGCCUGACUUCAUCUCCGUUUCUGGCAGCAACCACCCUACAACCUACUACGAGUUCCAGGGCAACCGGGGCAACUCGGGGCCUGAGGCGAGCCCCCAGCGGCGUUUCCUGUCCGAAGGAGAGCUUCUGCGAGGGGGAGAACUGCCUCCGGUGUAUCCUCGGACGAACAACACGGUGGAUAACAUCCGAGAGUUGGCGGGUUCGCCCCAGAGAGGGGUUUACACGUGGAAAGACACUUCACCCAACGCUUACUGCCAACAGCCCCGCCCCACCUACGACCAUUACCGGUCCAAUCCCACCAGUCCGACUCAGCGGGGGGUAUACUACCCCGCUCUGCGGGGAGGUGUGCCCGUCUAUCCCCCGCCACAGUCACCCCAAGUCAAACGCAAGAACCUAGUGACUCCUGUGACCCCGUGUGAUGGCCGGCGGCGGCCGAUGUCGUUUGUGCGCGCCCUGGAGAUGUCGGACUCCAUGGAGAUGGCGGGGGCCAGCCAGGAGCCCCGGAGAGGCACCACCCCCACCCCCGACAGACAAAGUGUAUAUGAUAUGAACUACGAAAUAUCUGUAUAGCUUUAAUUACACGAGUUUACGAGGAAAGUGAGGCGCAUUCUUUAGUCAAUUCUGUAUUACCUUCAGUUUCUUUGUCAUUCUCUCAAACAAACUAAAAGAAUUUAUUUAAUAUA